AUGACCUUUAAGCUAGCUAAGUUCAAGGGCAUUUCAGAUCCUAUUGUUUCUGAAGAGUGGGUACAGUCUAUGGAAACCAUCUUCGAGUUUAUGCAGAUUUUAGAGGUGGAAAGGGUCAGGUGUGCCACGUUUAUGCUGAGGGAUGAUGCUAGAAUUUGGUGGCAGGGUGUUAAGGCAGCGCUUGAUCUUAGCAGCAUCUCAUGGGGGAAUUUAAAGAGGUUUUAUAUGCUUAAUCACUUUCUUGAGGGCCUCAAUGCUACAAUCCGUCGGGAUGUGAGACUUAGUAAUCCUUCUUCUAUGCGGGAAACGAUUGAUCGAGCUCUAAUGGCUGAGAAGGACAGCCAAGAUAUCUUUAAGGAGGGCCAGACCAAGAGGGAAAGUUAUCAAGGGAGGGAGUUUCAUGGUCCAGCAACGAAGAGGCCUUUUAAUCCGUCAUUCAAUCGAAAUGCCUUGCCCCAGUCAUCUUAUAAUCAGGCUGCUACUUCCCAGCAUUCUCAGCAGCCAAAGAACUUCUACCAGAACAACAACAACCAAAGAUUUUCUCAAAGGCCCCAGCAGUCACAACAAUCAAAGAGGCUUCAACCAGCUGGAUCACGAGGGCACAUCCAAAGGGACUGUCCCAAGAAGAAUGAGGUUGCACCAGGGAGGGUUUUCUCAAUGUCAAGGGAGGAGGCCGACCCUAAGACCACGAUCAUUACGGGUAAUCUUCUAAUAGCAAAUAUUUUAGCCAACACUUUGAUAGAUACUGGAGGAACACAUUCCUUUAUUACUGCAUGUUUUGUUCAAAAAGCUGGUUUAAAACCUGAGGAAUUUUUGAUGGCAUAUAUAUCACUUCCUUCAGGCUCUCACCUGAAUUUUAAAAAGAUUAUUAAGGCCUGCCCAAUUUAUAAUCAGAACCGUAAGAUGUUAGCAGAUCUUGUGGUAGUAGAUAUGGUAGGAUUUGAUUUGAUCCUAGGUAAGGACUGGCUAUUCCAGCAUGAGGCGCAGAUUAAUUGUAAUAAGAAGAGGGUGGUGUUAACAGAUCAGUAUGGGAAGACCUUUCUGUUUCGUGCGAGUCCAGCAUGUAAAAGACAACAACUGUUUUUGGAAAGAGCCACUAGGGUGAUGUUUUAUAAUUGUGCUAUGAUAAUUGGGCAGAAAAUUAAGUUGGAAGAUAUUGAAGUAGUGAGGGAUUUCCCUAGUUGA